AUGUACAAACCACCCAAACUCGCUCGACAGGUGGAGCAACGAGAAAGGCACAGAGUUCUCGGCGUCAUAGCGCUGGAGUUGCAGAUCCGGACCCUUGUCCUCUGCAUCUCCUUCUUCAGGCCGGAACUUCUCCAUCUUCCAGCGUCUCCCUGGACCAUGGCGGCCGCCCACAAGGCCGGAGAUGGUCCCCGCUUCACCGUGCGCCCGUUCCGGGCCGGCGACUCGCCGGAGGCCCGCAGGAUAUUCUCGGAGGGUUUGCUGGACCAGCCUUGUCCGGCCUUCCGCGGGGCGCUGCUGUCGCCCACCGCUCCCUGCCUCCUCCUGGCUGUCGGGGCCGCCGUCUACGUAGCCAGCCGGUCGAUGGCCUGGGCUGCUCUGCCCGUCGCCGCGCUGCUAGCCCUGCUCUACCUGGCCUGCCGCAUGGUCUAUACCAACUACUUGAGGGAAAUGCUGGAGGUGGACAUGGCGGACAUUGAGGGGACGUACAUGGGGAGGCCGGGGGCGGGGUUCUGGGUGGUGGAGGAGCAGGGGGGAGACGGUGGGCUGCGGGGCGUGGUGGCGGUGCAGGCGGCCGAGGGACAGCCGGGCUGCUGCCAGCUCCUCCGUCUCGCUGUCGACCGGCGAUGCCGGGGCCUAGGUCUGGGCCGCCGACUGACCCGCCACGUGUUGGAGUUCGCCCGGGAGAACGGCUACCGAGAGUGCGUCUUGGACACCACCACUGUCCAGCAUCGAGCCAUCAUGCUCUACCAGGCCCAGGGCUUUCGGGUGACCAGGGACAAGGUGCCAUUGCCCGGACAACCCCUGCUCUCCUUAGUCACCAACAUCUACCUGUGCGAGAUGAGCUUGUAUCCUCUGGAUGCUGGGAAUCACCACUGA